AUGGGUACUGGAAAGAAAGAAGCCAGUCGGCGCGAGCGCCAGGGCAAAGGAGGAGAUGGUCUUAACAAUGUCAAGACCAAGGGCGAGAACUUCUAUCGCGAUGCGAAGAGAGUGAGGCAACUCAACAUCCUCAAAGAGGGAAAGGCUCAGAGAAAUGCGGACGGAGAGAUCACCAAGGCUGCUUCAUUCCAGUCGCGCGACAUUCCCAACGCUCGUAUCGAGCCGAACCGCAAGUGGUUUACAAAUACUCGAGUCAUCUCUCAGGACUCCCUGAACGCCUUUCGCGAGGCAAUGGAUGAGCAAGCUCGUGAUCCCUACCAGGUUCUUCUCAAGACCAACAAGCUGCCCUUGAGUCUUAUCAGUGAUGGAAAGAAUGUCAAUACAGAAAACGGCAUCAAACAGCACAAGGCCAAGAUGACAGUCGAGACGUCGCCCUUCGCCGAGGUUUUCGGUCCCAAGGCGCAACGCAAGCGAGUUAAGCUUGGCGUCAGCAGCCUCGACGACAUAAUUGGCGACACUGAAAAGAGCAUGGACACCUACCGUGAUCGUCUGGAGCAGCAGAAGCUUCUAUCUGGUGCCUCGGGUGACGCUGAGGAUCUUGAUGAUGCUGGCAAACCCCUCACUAUGGCCAUCGAGCCUGUGUUCGACAAGGGACAAAGCAAGCGAAUCUGGAAUGAACUCUACAAGGUCAUUGACUCUUCAGAUGUGAUUAUUCACGUACUCGAUGCCCGAGAUCCUAUCGGAACUCGCUGUUUGAGCGUCGAGAAGUACCUAAAGGAGGAAGCAAGCCACAAACACUUGAUAUAUCUGCUCAAUAAGGUGGAUUUGGUUCCUACAAGUGUCGCAGCUGCGUGGGUUCGUACUCUCUCCAAAGAGCAUCCCACUCUCGCUUUCCACGCUUCUAUCAACAACUCCUUUGGAAAGGGAUCACUCAUUCAACUACUCCGACAAUUCUCCUCACUACACUCUGACCGAAAACAAAUCUCUGUUGGACUGAUCGGUGGCCCUAACACCGGAAAGUCCUCUAUUAUCAACACCCUCAUGAAGAAGAAGGUUUGCACUGUCGCACCUAUUCCUGGCGAGACCAAAGUAUGGCAGUACAUCAGUUUGAUGAAGCGCAUCUACUUGAUUGACUGUCCAGGAAUUGUUCCUCCCUCUACGUCGGAUACUCCGACCGACUUGGUGCUACGUGGUGUCGUCCGAGUCGAGAAGGUAGAACAUCCUGAGCAGUACAUUCAAUCUCUUCUAAACCGUGUCAAGAAACACCAUAUGGAGAAGACCUACGAGCUUAAGGGGUGGGACAACUCCACAGAGUUCCUAGAACUUCUCGCUCGAAAGGCUGGCCGUCUUCUCCGUGGAGGUGAACCUGAUCUGGAUGGUGUGGCCAAGAUGGUCCUCAAUGAUUUCAUGCGAGGCAAGAUUCCUUGGUUCACACCUCCACCAAAGUCUGAAGGCGAAGCCGAUACAAAGGUUGGAAAUCGUGAGGGCAGACUUGGAGAGAUGCCUCGCAAGCGAAAGCAAGAGGAGGCGGUGGAUGAUGAAGAUGCUUCUGCUGAGGCGCAGCUUCAGCGAGAAGCUGAAGCCGCCUUGGAGAAGGCUGAGGGCGAGAGCGCUGGUGAAGAGUCAGACUUUGAGGGGUUUGGCAGUGACACGGAGGAAGCGCGAUCAAGAAAGCCGUCCUUCGGAGCCACAGUAGAUGGUGAGAGCGAAGUCGAGAGCGCUGAAGAUGAUGUGAUAUCAGUAGGCGGCUCUGAAGAAGUUGAGGAAGAAGAACAAAAAGCGCCUGCACCAGCAGCUAAAAGUAAGGGAAAGAAGAACAAGGGUGGCCCGCCUAGCAAAAAAAGGAGGGCAUAA